AUGGGGAAGAAACAGGCGUACAUUCCACCCCUCAUCGGGUGGCUGUAUGAUCUGGUCUUGUGGUCGUUCUCCGUGCUCAUCGACCUCUUCUUCCGUGAGGUACACCCCCGCGGAUCCUGGAAGAUCCCUCGCCGAGGUCCUAUUAUCAUCGUCGCCGCUCCUCAUGCGAACCAGUUCGUCGAUUCACUUGUCCUUAUGCGCGUUAUUCGCAGCGAGGCCCACCGUCGUAUCUCAUGGCUCAUCGCGGAGAAAUCGUUCAGACGCAAGUUCAUCGGACUGUUGGCGCGUGGUAUCGGAACCCUGCCCGUGGCACGCGCCAUGGAUAACUUGAAGCCGGGGACAGGUACCAUCUAUCUACCCGAUCCGGUCAACGAGCCCACUCUUUUGCGAGGUGUUGGCACCAACUUUGAAGGACCCGGUUUUGAGAAGGAGGGAACAAUUGCGCUGCCAACUAUCAACGGCACUUCGCACAGCACGGCUAUCGCGGAGAUCCACGGCCCAGAGGAACUGGUUCUCAAAAAGCCCUUCAAGCACAGGGAUGCGCUUUUCCAGUUGACUGGGAGGAAGGAUUUUAGUAGCCCAGGAGACGCGAAUCAACAGGACUCCGAAUUUAAAGGCACCAGGUUUAAGGUCGCUCCGCACGUGGACCAAACGGCUGUCUACGAGGCUGUCUUUGCGAGAUUGAACGCUGGUGGCUGCGUGGGCAUUUUCCCUGAAGGUGGUAGCCACGAUCGCCCGUCUUUACUGCCCCUCAAAGCUGGUGUUGCCCUGAUGGCUCUUGGUACCCUCGCAGACAACCCUGAUUGUGGUUUGAAGAUUGUGCCCUGUGGCAUGAACUACUUUCACGCCCAUAAAUUCCGAUCUCGCGCUGUCAUCGAAUUCGGUAACCCGAUCGAAGUCCCAAAGGAGAUUGUGGAGCAGUUCAAGCAAGGCGAUCGCCGCGAGUCUGUCGGUGCUCUUCUGGAUAUUAUCUACCAAAGUCUUGUGGCGGUCACCGUCACUAGCCCCGAUUACGAAACGCUUAUGGUCAUCCAAGCAGCUCGCCGUAUGUACAACACCAAGGGCAAGAAGCUCCCUCUUCCUAUGGUUGUGGAGCUCAAUCGCCGCCUCGUGAAAGGAUACAAUCAUUUCAAGGACGAUCCGCGGAUCGUCAAUCUCCGCAAAUCCAUUGUCAACUACAACAAGCAGCUUCGUAUCCUCGGUAUUCGUGAUCAUCAAGUGCAGUAUGCCAAAUUCUCUAUCGUACAGGUGGUCGCUACUUUGAUCUAUCGUCUGGGCAAGUUGGCUCUCCUUACCAUCGGAACCCUACCUGGACUGCUUCUCUUUACUCCGGUUUUCGUCGCGACGAAAUAUCUGUCGAUGAAGAAAUCCAAGGAGGCACUGGCUGCCUCCUCGGUCAAGUUGCAGGGUCGCGAUGUGAUGGCUACAUGGAAAUUACUCAUUGCUCUGGCAUUUGCCCCGGCUGUCUAUGCAUUCUACACGACUAUGUUCACCUACUGGACCUAUUGGAACCGAAUCCAAGGCCUCGUGCCGGACUGGGUCCCACUUUGGCUUGUGGUAGUGAUUGGCGUGGUCAUAUUCCCUACUAUCUCGUUUGCUGCACUUCGUAUUGGUGAGGUGGGCAUGGAUAUCGUGAAGUCCCUGCGACCAUUGGUCCUGUCUCUGAACCCUUCGUCCGCCAACACGCUCGUGAAACUGCGUGCAAAGCGUGCGAUGCUCGCCCAACAAGUUGAUGAGGCAAUCAACACCUUGGGUCCGGAGCUGUUCCCAGACUUUGACGCUGCACGGAUUGUCACUGAUCCCUUCCGGGAGGUCAGCCACGGUGGAGUCGAUAGCGAUUUGCCUACGAUCAAAGCAACCCGGGACGAGGGUAUAGAGGACUUGCCCUCGGCCGAGCCUCUGCCUCGUAACGAGUCGUUCCACAACCUGGCCAACAUUGGCUUCUUCUCUACCAGACCGCCCACCCCUAACCGCAGUCGUAGUAGCUCUGCUGCACCUCGUCCCGGCUCACGGGGUGGACUGAAGCCUCUUAGCUCGAUGACCCAGAAGGAUCCGCUGGAAGAUGUUAGCUCUCGGAUUCGAGAUGCGAUGAGAGAGCGUGGCGAGCGACGUCGCAGGCGCAGUGAGGACGGAAGCUGGGAUAUGGCCAGCUCAGGGCCAGGAACGCCGUCUAGUGGCGAGGAAAUCCGAAAGGACCUAUGA